GUCCCAUUUCAAUCCCAGAAAAGAAGCUUUCCUGAUAUUGGGACUGAAAUGGCGAAGUUUCAAUCUUUUUCUAUAGCAUUGUUGGUGUGUGUGAUUGUGUCUAAUCACAUUGUAGUUGAUGCCAAUAUUUCAAAGAACAUGGCCAUAACCUGGGGAAAUAGUCGGUCCAAAAUAGAAGGGGAUAGCCUUCAGCUGGUUUUGGACCAAAGCACAGGCUCGGGAGCGAAGUCGAAGAGAGAUUUCUUAUUUGGAAGCUUUGAAGCUCUCAUCAAGCUCGUUCCAGGGGAUUCUGCCGGAGUAGUAACAGCGUAUUAUCUAUCUUCUACAGGUUCAGCUCAUGAUGAGAUAGACUAUGAGUUCUUGGGGAAUGUUUCAGGACAGCCGUACACCAUUCAUACAAACAUAUUCACUCAGGGUGUUGGAAACAGAGAACAGCAGUUUCGAUUGUGGUUUGACCCCACCACCGAUUUCCACAACUACACAAUUCACUGGAAUCCGAAUGCUGUUGUGUGGUAUAUUGAUGGUAUCCCAAUAAGAGUUUUCCGGAACUACGAAAAGCAAAGGAUAGGUUUCCCUAACAAGCAAGGUAUGAGGGUAUAUACCAGCUUGUGGAAUGCAGAUGAUUGGGCAACUCAAGGAGGCCGCGUGAAAACCAAUUGGGCCAACGCACCAUUCACGGCUAGCUUUCGCCACUUUAGGCCAAGAGCUUGUUACUGGAAUGGAGUAGCCAGCAUUAGUCAAUGUGCCGCUAAGUCCCCAGCAAACUGGUGGACUUCUCCAGCUUAUGCACAGCUCAGUGCUCCUCAGUUGGCUAAGCUUAAUGAAAUCCAGCAGAACUACAUGAUAUAUGAUUACUGCAAAGACACUAAACGGUUCAAUGGGCAAAUGCCACAAGAAUGUUAUAGAAGACAGUUCUAACACAAUGUUGCGUAA